GUUUAGACCGUGUUGUCCCUCCCUCCCAUCUGCACCUGUGGGUCCAUGCGGCAUUUCUGGGUGCGCUGCAAUGGCAAAAGACAAGAGAGGAUAUGCGGCGGUUUUUUUCUACUUUCUUUUUCCUGGCCUGUCAACCGGGAUGGCUAGUAUAUACCCUGGUCCUGUGUCCGGAAUCGGAGGCCCUGGCAUGCAUGCUGCGACCCUGAUUGCUUUCUAUGACAAGGUAGUACCUCUGCAUGUCCCCCGGCCCAAGACCAUGGCUCCUUUGCCGUCUGCGAGUCUUUUCUUUAGCCGGCUUGCUUUCAAGUAACAUAUCGCCGCCGACACUGCCCCCUUGUGCACAAUAGCAGCUCCUUAUUUUGUCAAAGAGACCAGAACACCAGGCAACAUGGCUCAGCUACAGCACACGAUACCGGUUGACGGCACCGUCCUACGGAGGGAAAAGCUGUCCCUCCUACACGGCCCCGUCGAUCCUCCGCUUGUCGACUUUACGCUCGGGGAGCUGCUGGACCUCCAGUGCCAACAUCAUGGUACCGAGGAGUGCAUCGUCAUCCCUUGGACUGGAGCGAGGUGGACCUACAACGAGCUCAACCAGCAAAGCUGCCUGAUAGCAAGAGCUCUUUUAUCCAUGGGCAUUGGCAUGGGAGACCGCGUGGGCAUCAUGGCCGGUAACUGUGAGCAGUACGCGGCGGUAUUCUUCGCCGUGGCCCGGAUUGGUGGCAUUCUCGUCAUUCUCAACAACACCUACACGGCGACCGAAGCACAAUACGCCCUCAAGUUCACUGAGUGCAGGGUUUUCUUCACCACAAAGCGAAUUGGGCGGUUGACAAACGAGCCGCUACUUUUAGAGCUCGCGGCCCAGGCAGACGCGCCAACAGUGGUGAUAAUACGUGGCGACUCUGGCAGCUUUCUUCCUUACAAGGACGUUAUUCAAAGCGGCAUCCGAUUCAGCUCCCGGAGACUCCAGGAGGCCCAGACAAAGGUGCUUCCGUACAACGUCUGCAAUCUGCAGUUCACAAGCGGCACGACGGGCAGGCCCAAAGCCGCCAUGCUAACACACCACAACCUUGUCAACAACGCCCGCUAUAUCGGAGACAGGAUGCAGUUGGGCCCCUCGGAUGCCCUCUGCUGCCCCCCGCCCAUGUUCCAUUGCUUCGGCCUGGUUCUCGGCAUGCUGGCGACGGUGACGCACGGAGGCAAGAUCGUGUACCCGGCCGAGGUCUUCGACGCAGAGGCGACACUGCGCGCGGUGCGCGAGGAGCGCUGCACGGCGCUUCACGGCGUCCCCGCCAUGUUCGACUCCCUGCUCGCGCUCCCGGAAGCGGCCGACCUCAGGGCGUCGGACUUGGCGCUACGCACGGGGAUCGUGGCCGGAGCGCCGGUGCCGCGGCACCUGAUGGAGCAGAUGGUGACGCGGCUCGGCAUGUCCGAGUUCACGUCGAGCUACGGCCUGACCGAGGCGUCGCCGACGUGCUUCAACGCCUUCACCGACGACGCCGUGGCCACGCGCCUGGCCACGGUCGGGACGCUGAUGCCGCACGCGCGCGCCAAGAUUGUCGACCGCGACGGGAACACGGUCCCCCUCGGCAGCCGGGGCGAGCUCUGCAUCGCCGGCUACCAGCUGCAGGCGGGCUACUGGAACAACUCGGAGAAGACGGCCGAGGUGAUGCGGCGGGACGGCGACGGGGUGCUGUGGCUGCACACUGGCGACGAGGCCGUGUUCGACGAGCGCGGCUACUGCGCCAUCACGGGCCGCUUCAAGGACAUCAUCAUCCGCGGCGGCGAGAACAUCUACCCGCUCGAGAUCGAGGAGCGCCUCGUCGCGCACCCGGCCGUCGCGUCCGCCGUCGUGGUGGGGCUCAAGAGCGCCCGCUACGGUGAGGUCGUCGGGGCGUUUUUGGGUGCCGCCGAGGAGCGCGGCGGUGCCAAUGCCAAGCUGCCGGAUGACGGUGAGGUGCGCGAGUGGGUCAAGGCCAAGCUGGGCAAUCACAAGGCUCCUGCGCACAUUUUCUGGCUCGGGAGGGACGGCGUGCCUCGGGAUGUGCCCCUGACAGGGAGUGGAAAGGUGCGCAAGUUUGAGAUGGCGAUUCUUGGGAAUAACCUUCUCGAGAACCCCGCCACCGCCAAGCUUUAGAUGGGACUUUUUCUUUUGGUUUUCUCAUCUGUUUGUAUAUGUGUUGGGAUAGACUGUUCUGUUACCUAAAGCAAUAGAGUAUCUAAAAGCUAUAGAUAUCAAUGUUGCUCGUGGUCGGGCACUAUCGCCAUUCCAUUCUAUUUUUACUUCUUUCACUAUACAACC